UGCAACAUCACGGCAGCGCUUGGUGUCGUCGUCGUCGUCGUUGCAAAGAGGCGAGGGGGGCUCAUCUCUAAUCAGCAUCAUCAGCAGCAGCAGCAACAGCAGCAUUAUCAUCAGCAGGAGCAUCAGCUUCAUCAUCAUCAGCAGCAUCAUCAUCGUCAGCAGCAGGAGCAUCAGCAGCAACAGCAUCAUCAGCAGCAGCAGGAUAAUCAUCAUCACCAGCAGCAGCAGCAUCAUCAGCAGCAGCAGGAGCAUCAGCUUCAUCAUCAUCAGCAGCAGCAGCAUCAUCAUCGUCAGCAGCAGCAGCAUCAUCAGCAGCAGAAUCAUCAUCAUCAGCAGCAGCAACAGCAGCAGACUCAUCAUCAACAGCAUCAUCAUCACCAGCAGCAACAGCGAAAACAAAGUUCAAGCCUCAACUACAACAAUGCAUUCGCUACUUUUCAUCUCAAACCUUCUCUGCGCGCUGACGAUUGGUCUCAUGCAGAGUCAAAGCAAACUUGGGAGCAGCAGCAGCAGUAGCAGCAGCAGCAGUAGCAGCAGUAGCAGCAGCAGUAGCAGCCACCACAAUGCCACGCACGACGGCGUGGAAGCAGCAGGCACCAGCGACCUCUCGCUACUGGAUCUGGACGGAAACUGCUCGAUGUGUUCCAGGAGGGAACACAGCAAAGUCUGGCGUCUUGAGUCCAUCAGGUCUCAGAUCCUGAGCGAGCUGAGGCUCAAGCAAGCGCCCAACAUCAGUCGGGACACCGUCAACAGACUCCUGCCCAAGGCACCGCCUUUGCAGCAGCUGCUGGACCAUUACGGAUACCAGGACCUGUUGGAGUCUCGCAAACUGGACAGAGAUAAUCUCGCCACCACCGAGACCAUCAUCAACGUCGCGACUGGAACCGACAAGAAGGUCCAGUCAAACGGACGUCCCAAGUGCUGUUUCUUCAAGUUCACUCCGCGGAGCAUGCAGAACCAGGUGAUCAAGGCGCGCCUCUGGGUGUACCUGCGACCGGCCAAGAAGUCCACGUCGGUCAUCGUGAAGAUCUCGCGCCUGCAGCCCGUGGCGGGCGCCGCCCCGCGCCACGUGCACAUGUGCUCGCGCAACGUGAGCGUGGACGCGCGCGGCGGCCGCUGGGAGGAGAUCGACUUCAGGCGCGUGGUGCACAACUGGUUCAGGCAGCCCGACGCCAACUGGGGCGUCGAGAUCAACGGCCUCGACGCCGAAGGCAACGACUACGCCGUCACGUCACCUGACGCCGCCGAGGACGGCCUGAAACCCUUCCUGGAGCUGAAGCUGAGCGACACUCUCCGUCGCUCGCGCCGUGCCCCGGGCCUCGACUGCAGCGAGGCGUCCAACGAGUCGCGCUGCUGCCGCUACCAGCUCAUCGUCGACUUCGAGGCGUUCGGCUGGGACUGGAUCAUCGCGCCCAAGCGCUACAAGGCGAACUACUGCUCGGGCCAGUGCGAGAACAUGUUCCUGCAGAAGUACCCGCACACGCACCUCGUGCAGAAGGCGAACCCGCGUGGCUCCGCGGGUCCAUGCUGUGCACCCACCAAGAUGUCGGCCAUCUCUAUGCUCUACUUCAACGACCAGCAGCAGAUCAUCUUCGGCAAGAUCCCCGACAUGGUGGUGGAGCGAUGCGGGUGCUCAUGAGAGAGAAUGAGGAGGAUGAGGGAAGAGGAGGAGGAGGGAGAGGCCCGCGGUGGCUGCCAAGGGAGCGUCUUGAAUCGAGUCACGAUUUAUCGAAAUUGUGGGUGGGGUGGGGGUGGGUGGCGGCGACGGCGGUGGGGGCAAAAUGUACGUUGAACUUCUUUCGCGCCGUACGUAGCCAACCGUGCAAAUCGGAGGUGCGGGUGGAAGUACAACUAAACACAGCAAGCAGUUCUAGAGAAAUGAGUUUUCAACCUUGAUGAUUCAAAAGUGCAUAGGCACCCAGCGGCUUCCUAAACUCAGAAGAAAGAGAGCGUUCCAGACGGCCGCAGGAAGCGCGUCUGAAAGCGCCGCGCGAUGCGGUGAGGCCGUCUUUGUUCGAUGGCCGAGCCAAAAGCUGUCGCUGCUGCUGCUGAUGAUGCUGCUGAUGAUGAUGAUGCUGAUGAUGAUGCUGCUGAUGAUGCAAAUAUAACCGGAGUUUGCAUGAAGAUGUGACGAUGGGAGGGGUGGAUUGCAGCGCUUGAGCAGCGCAGGCGAUUGUGGUGGAUCGAGUCCCUGCCACAGGGUGAUUCAGUGUUGUGACCAGCAGUGUGGUGGUUGGUGGUGGUAGUGGUGGUGUUCGUGGUGGUGUUCGUGAUGUCCUCACUCAAAGUGGGUGGAGGAAUCGAGCGAGUGAAGUUGAUGCUUCCUGCUACAAGAGAAGAAGUGAAAGAAGAAAAAAAGACGUUUGCCCGAGAAUGUUGAAACGUCUUGCGGUGCUGCUGUUCAACGCUUUAGCCACGAAGGGGCUACGCAUUGUCACUGCCUGCCUGGAACGAGGAGGGGGGGGGGGGUACGUUCAGGGCCACGAUGCAUCCUGCGAAGCUAAAACAACUACGAGCAGCCACUUGAGUGUCUAUGUGCGGCGUCGAGAUCUUAGGACCCGCCCGACACCAAACCGGGCACGCCAUCGAUCAAGGAAGGGGGGGGGGGUGGGGGGUGUUGAGCCCACGCGGUCUUCCCCGGGGGCAGAGCUGCUAGCCGAGCCCCCCCUCCCCCCGUGGCCUCAUCACGGGGCCUACCAGUGCGGCUGCCUGCCACGGCCCACGGCCGCGAACCGUCGCCACGAGUAUCGGCAAGCCGCGAUGCGAUCCCCCCCGUGAAGGC